AUGAUCAACGACGAAGUCCACUGUAAACCGUUCAUAACCGUCGCUACGUUUUGCGCUGGAUAUCUGUACGCCGACAUUAAGGGUGGGCGAAUUAAGGACUGGCAGGCCCGAGAGACUGUGGACCUAUUCUGGGCAGUGUACGAAAGAAAGAAGACCAAGUAUGAAGCCAAAGCCAGAGAGGUAGUGUAA